AUGGGAAACAUAACCAAGAGAGGCAGCAGGGGGCUGGUGGCUGACGGGGCCCAGGCCCCGGAAGAGGGCGCGGUGGCGUCAUUCCACACCAGGCUCUACGAGGCCAUCCUGAGGGAGGGCAGCACCGCACUCCGGGCUCUGCUUAGAAGCCCUGUCAACCAGCCCACGGCCGUUCUGGCCAACUCCACCAGCUACAGAUCACUGCUGAGCCAGCAGACGCAGUCCAUCAUCCCCAUCCUGGCUGCGGAAUACCGCAAGGCACAGAGUUUGCUUUGUUUGUUAGAACAUGAAGCAGACCCAGAAGUAAGAGACACAAGAGGCCUCACCACACGCCACCUGAUGCUUCUGCACUGGCCCAUCACCUCUGCCACGUGGACGAAGCCGGGGAACAGAAUCCAAAGGAUCCUGACAGACAUCCAGAACAACACCGUCCUGUGUCUCCGCAUUUUGUGCGAACACGGGGCCCAGGUGAAUGCGCGAGCGGAGAGCAGCAACGGGCACUCCCGGCUCCACCUGGCCAUCACGUACGGAACCUACCCGGUUCUCUCCAUCCUGGCCCACAACGGUGCCCAGGUCAACGCCAUAAACGAGUCCAGCAUGACACCCCUGCACAUGGCUGCAGAUAUACUGAAUAAGGAGGUGAUAGAAACGCUCACUGCCCACGGGGCAAACGUCAACUGCGCCGUCUCCUCCACAGGCAACAUGGCCCUGAAGCUGGCGGUGUGCACCGCGUCAAGCAAGGCCGGCCGGCUGCUGGCCGCGGGCCUGAGCUGCAUCCGCCUGCUGCUCGUUCACAGAGCCCAGGUGAAUACGCAGGACCGUGAAGGUCAAGCCACGAGCCACGAGGUGUUUUGGAGGCAGAGAGGCAAUAAUCUCUUGCUCGAAUUUGAAGCCAAUGUUAACAUAUUAACAAGAAAUGGGGAAUCUCUGAUAUAUAUGUACCUUCAGCGUGGUUCCAAUAUAAGAGACACAGCACUUCUCACCAGGCUGCUUUACCACUCUUAUCCUUUGAGACUGACCAAUGACCAAGGAAUUCUACCUGCAGGAAUCAUGCUCCCAGAAUUCCACCUCCUAAGGGAAACCCUAAUAAAGUUAUCUCAAAAACCCUUAUCCCUAGAGGACAACUGUAAAAGAAAUGUCAGAAAUAUUUGUGGGGAGAAACAAAAACAGCACUUGAAGCGACUUCUCCCAGGGAAGAUCUGGAAUUCUGUAUCUGGUUAUUAUGGUUUAGCUCACCUACUGAAAUAAGAUCUCAAAGUUGCACAGAGCCACAGAACUUCAGUAACUCACAUCGCAUUUUCUGGCUAGACGUGAACCCAGAAAAUACUUAACCCAUCACCUUAUACAUCCCAAAUGCACA